AUGGAUGUGGAUUCGGAUGAUUACACUACAAUAUCUGAAAAUGUCACUUCUGAUACCAGUAUAGUGUCAUCAGUAAUCUCAAACACUGAUGAAGAUUUUAACAUCUCCUAUAGUAGUAGUACACUCAACGAGACGAGUUUAACAGUAGGUAGCUCUGAAUCAAACGAUUCAUUUUCUGAGAUAUCUGUAACAGACUAUGACAGUGAUAUGGACAAUCGCAGUGAUAUUAGCGUAGAACCGCAUUCUGAAUCCAGUGAUAGUAUCUAUAGUGUAUUAUCUGUUUCUGAAGAAGAUAUACGGUAUAAUGAGAGGUCAACUGCAAAUAAUACUUAUGAAACAAGAUGUUCGACAUUGAGAAUUUCAACUAGAUCAGGUUCAAGCACUUCAAGCGGAUGGGAAGUAAUAAAUACAUUUGAAUGGCAUUCCGAGUAUGAUAGAAGACAAAGAUCGCCUAUACGCGAGUUCUUUAGUAAUAUUGUCAAUGUAAUUAAUCCGAGAAGCCACCGAUAUCAAGAAAUGUGA